AUGGAUCAAGAACUCCGGAAGUUCACUGGCCAGCGUGCUUGUCUAGACCGCUACUGGCGUUUCAGCGGCUACGGAGAGCUUUUAAGCGGUGCACUGAGACGUGAGCUCACAGACAACGGCUGGAAGUCCAGGCCAUCUGAUGCGAAACAUAAACUGGUAGCCAUGGCACAAAAGGCCACCUGCGGCCGUAUGGAUUAUUCCAGGUGCACGAUGAAGGAGCUCAUCCACUUUGCUGACGACCGCGGUAUCGAUUGGGAUGAUGCAGAGUCAAUGAAGGAUAUUGUGGCUCUGCUCAUGGCCGCUGACGAUGUGCGGUCUUUCCAUUGUUUCCUGGAUCUACCGCCUGAGCUACGGAACAUAAUAUAUGGCUGCUACCUGGACAGUAUGCCAAGCGAGAUCAGCGUCCCUUCCAGACCACCGCUCGCGAAGACAUGCAAGCAAGUGGACAAGGAGCUAACUCCACUGUUCCUGUCCGAAAAGGUCAUCCGGCUACCAUACUACUAUGCCGGGGACAGGCACAGGCGAAGGCACACAGUCGGGCUGCUUACAGAUAAGUUCUUUCAUAGCUGUCUGAAAAACAAUGCCAGCCAACUGCGAUCCUUCGUUGUUGAGAUCCGCCCACGAUCAAUCACCAAACACGACCUCACAGCUCACCCAUUUGCCUGUGCCAUCACUAUCGAGCGCAAGCCACCAGGAGAUGUACCAAGCACGACGUACGUGCUACAGGACAUUCGGCUAUCAUUGCAUUAUAUCCAUGAUGCUCCGUUGAGGAAGCUGGCCUUUACGAACGCUCUUCGUCACGUACUCAAGAAGCUGGGUGGCAGGAGACUCCAGGUCUCCGAUAUACACGAUGUCAGUAAGACUGCGGAGCGCAUUUUUAAUUACAAUGAGGCCAGGCUGGAGAAUCAUCUGGCACUGGUGAACAGCACUGCGGGUACUUCGGGGUGA